AUGCAAAAACCGCUCUGCUGUUGGACAACUCCAAACUAUUUGGCACCCGAGAUUCUUCUGAGAAAUGGACAUGGUACAUCAGCGGAUUGGUGGUCUGUUGGUGUAAUAGUAUUUGAGCUGAUUGUUGGCAUUCCUCCUUUCAAUGCAGAGCACCCUCAGGUGGGGUUGGGGUUCUACUUUCACUUCUUUGUUAGUUGCUGGCAUCUGAAGUCAAGGGGAUACUCUGGAGGGUUGAGGAGCUCAGAGAUUUGUACACCAGAGAUGAAGAUAUCAUAUGAUUGUGAGAACUCUAAGGAAUCUGAAUCACCCCGGUUUCAAGCCAUACUUUGGGUAACAAGUGCUCCUAGAAAAAGAUAUCCCGCUGACAUCAAAAGUUUUUCCCAUGAAUUGAGCUCAAAAGCGUACGACCUUUCCCACUUUGGAAGCCUCGAGGAGGUUUUGUCAAUGAUACGGGGUAAGUUUGACAAAGCAAAGGAAGAAGUGGAUGCUGAUCUUCAUAUAUUUGCUGGAGAUUUACUUGGCAUUCUAGAAAAGAAUGCAGAGAGUCAACCGCAAUGGCAUGAAACUCUAGAGGACUUACUGGUGUUGGCUCAGAGGUGUGCCAUGACAUCUCCUGGAGCUUUUUGGUUGCAGUGUGAGUGGAUUGUUCAGGAACUGGAUGACAGGUGCCACGAGCUCCCCAUGGGUAUCUUGAAAUAG